CAUCUCUCUAAUAUAAUAUCGAAUUUUGAGAUAUGCCUUAUACCGACGAUAUCAAAGUAGUGCGUGGGAUCGUGAUUCUUGAUGAAGAAGGCAAUUCGAUCACCAAGAAAUACUACACGAACGAUUUUCCUACUGUCGAGGCGCAAGAAGCGUUUGAACAGCAAAUCUUUAAGAAGUUCAAGCCAGCGAAUGUGAAGGAUGAGACCACGAUCGGUCUUCUUGAUAAGUAUGUUGUGAUCGGAAAAGCAGGAAACGAUUGUUCUAUAUUCUUCUAUGGAUCGGAUAGCGAAAACGAAAUGAUUCUGAUUACUGCGAUGGAUGGUUUCUACGAGGCUCUCAAGUUGAUUCUCAAAGACAAGCUAGAUCGCAACGAGAUGCUGAAGCGGAUGCCAUCCCUAUUCCUUCUGAUGGAUGAGCUUUGUGAUGCUGGGUACUUUUCGUAGCUCCUCCACGUAACUUGUAGCGUUUUAAAGGAGAUCGACGGGAAUGUUCUUGUGCGAAAUGUAGAAAUGCGACUAAAAUA